CUGGUGGUGUUCUCCGGCGGCAAGGGCCUGCGCGGCCCGCAGUCCAGCGGCCUGGUGGUCGGCAAGGCGAAGCUGAUCGAGGCGGCGCGCAUGAACGGCUCGCCGGCCAGCUCCGUGGGCCGCGGCAUGAAGGUGGGCAAGGAAGAGCUGAUGGGCCUGCUCGCCGCCGUGGAGCUCUUCCUGGACGGCAGGAUCGACGGCGUGCGCGCCACGGUCGACGACGGCGACGAGCUCUUCUUCCCCGGCGGCGUGCCGCGCGUCCGCAUCGAGCUCCUGGGCGAGCGCACGGCCGACGCCUACGGCGCCCCGCUCCGCGACGGCGAGCCCAGCAUCUUCAUGGGCGGCUGGGACGGCGGCAUGUUCGCCGACCCGAUGACCCUGCAGCCCGGCGAGGCCCAGCAGGUCGCCCGCCGACUCCGCGAGCUUCUGGUUGAUCCGGUCGCCUUGGGAGACGAGGACGUGGAGAUGGUCGAAGGUUUGCUUCGUACCUUGAAUCUCUCAAACGGAAUCGCCAUAGUGAUCAACUCUCCGGGAGGGUCAGGAUUGGCCGCAGAGCGGAUGAUCAAUCUACUCAGAUCAUACAGCGGCACCGGCGAGUACUGGGCGAUUGUCCCGGGCAAAGCCAAAUCAGCCGCUACCAUGGUCUGUCUCGGCGCAAGCAAGAUCCUCAUGGGCCCGGCUUCAGAACUCGGGCCUGUCGAUCCUCAGCAAUUGGUACGCGGUAAGUUCGUCUCCGUUCACCAUAUCAUCGACAGCUACCACAAGCUCUUCCGCGGUGCCGUGAAAGCCAAGGGGAACCUCGAGCCCUACCUCCAGCAGCUCUCGAACUACGACGCCAGGGAGAUAGUAUCUCUGGAAACCGAAACGCGAAUCUAG